UUUCUUGAUUUAUGUGAAUUAAAGAAAGAGUGACACCCCAAGAAAACACAUAAUCAAUUUGUUUUGAUAAAAUUAUAAUCUUUCAUCGAUCGAAGUUUGGAAACGCCACUGCCGUGAAAUUGAAGUUAAUGCAAACUCUUGGCUUUCAACAAACUUAACAGAUCCUAAAGUUUCAUAUAAAAUUCUGCUUCCUCAUCAUCUUAUAUGAUAUUGGCGGUUUGUUGAUUGGAUUGCUUUCUGUUGCAUGGCGAAUUCUUGCAAGUCAAAGGAAGAAAUUGCAAACGGAGCUAUCAAACGCGCUUUGAAGGCUCUGCGGAAGCGGCAUUUGAACGAAGAAGGAGCUCAUGCUGCUGCUCUUUCUAGACCUAUUGUUUCUCAGGACUCUGAAUGGAAGGAGAAAGCAGAGAGUCUGGAACUGGAACUUCAGCAAUGCUACAAAGCUCAGUCCCGAAUAUCCGAGCAACUCGUUGUAGAAAUAGCUGAAUCCAGAACUUUGAAAGCUUUGGUUCAAGAGAAAGAAACUGCUAUCACUGAUUUGCAGAAGGAAUUGACUGAAGUGAGAGAUGAGUGCUUGCAAUUGAAAAAGGACUUGGAAGACAAAAUUAAGGCUCUUGAACUCGUUCUGAGUGAGAAUACAGAACUUAAAACACAAUUGGAGCAAAUGGCUAUAAGAGCCAAGAAUGCUGAAACUGAAAAUAAGACAUUGGUCGAUCGCAUGAUGUUAGAAAAAAUGAAGGACGCUGAACAAUUAAAUGAGGCAAACCAACUGUAUGAUGACAUGAUCAAGCAGCUAAAGGCCAGUGGUUUAGAAAAACUUGCAAGGCAGCAUAUAGACGGUAUUGUUCGCCGAAGUGAAGAAGGUACUGAUGUCUUUUUAGAGUCAAAUAUCCCUUCCACAUGCAAAUACAGGCUCCAAGCACAUGAGGGUGGUUGUGCUUCCAUAUUGUUCCAGUACAAUUCUAAUAAAUUGAUUACUGGGGGACAGGAUCGAACAGUUAAAGUGUGGGAUGCAGAUUCAGGAUCCUUAAUUUCCAAACUUUAUGGAUGUCUUGGCUCUGUAUUAGAUCUCACAAUAACCAACGACAAUAGAUCCGUUAUUGCUGCUAGCAGCUCAAACAACUUGUAUGCGUGGGAUCUCAACUCGGGUCGAGUUCAUCAUACCCUUACCGGUCACACAGAUAAAGUCUGCACUGUCGAUGUGAGCAAAGUUUCCAGCCGCCACGUUAUCAGUGCAGCUUACGAUCGCACUAUAAAAGUUUGGGACUUGCAUAAAGGUUAUUGCAUUAACACAAUAAUUUUCCACAGUAACUGCAAUGCUCUUUGCUUCAGCAUGGAUGGACAGACCAUAUUUUCUGGACAUGUUGAUGGAAAUCUUCGAUUAUGGGAUAUUAAAACUGGAAAACUACUUAGCGAGGUUGCAGCACACUCACUUGCCGUCACAUCAAUAACUCUUUCUCGGAAUGGAAAUGUUGUAUUAACCAGUGGAAGAGACAAUUUGCACAAUUUGUUCGAUGUGCGAUCUCUAGAAGUUACUGCCACACUAAAAGCCACCGGAAAUAGAGUGGCCUCUAAUUGGAGUCGCUCGUGUAUUAGUCCGGAUGAUAAUAAUGUUGCUGCUGGAUCAUCUGAUGGAUCUUUGUGUGUUUGGUCAGCAUCUAAAGGUGAUAUACUCGGCACUUUGAAGGAACAUACUUCUUCUAUUCUUUCUUGUGCAUGGAGUGGGCUUGGAAGACCCUUAGCUUCAGCUGACAAGAAUGGAGUUGUUUGUAUAUGGGCCUAAGGGGUUCUAUUUCUUUGAGCAUGCCAGCUGGUUUGUAGAAAGGAUAUGCUAUUCAUUUUCUCAGUUUCAUUUGCUGGUUGAUUUAUUUCAGAAAAUUGUUACACUUUCUGAUUAAAAAAAAUGCACACUUUCAUAUAGGGUAUACCAUUCAAGUUAGGAGCAACAUUUUCAUUUUUAACAGAAAAUCGUUUGAGCCAGCCUCUAGUAAAUUAACUGCAAUGAAAAGCAUGUGUUCCACUAAUCUUUAUAAGUGGCAUGGUUUGUUAAAUCAAGUGUUAUACUGUAAUUAAUGUAAAAAUGGAAGACAAUUAAUAGAUUGAGAUCAUGUUUUAUUUUUA